AUGUCGAAACAUUGCGUUUUUCUUCAAAUUUUUGUUUCUAUGUUUACUGUUUUCGGUACUGUGUUAUGGUUCCGUAAUCACGUAACGAAACGCAGUCAAAGCAGAAACUGGACACCGAACAUGUCUCAGCAUCUUUCAUGGACAGAUCUUUUGGAGAAACAUCCAGCUUUUAAAAGCAUUCAUGUAGCUGCAGAUGAUUGGGAACCGUUGCCGAAGCAAGUGUGUGCCUUUGACACAAAGUUGUACGUCGCAGUGGGUCAUGAAGUACGACUAAUAGACUGUGAUCUGGUAAAACAGAACAAAGGAGGAUCUGAAGCGACUUCUUUUACCAAAUUAACACAUCCUGAAUUAAACUUUACAAUAUAUCAGCUGGUCAUCAGCCCUAAUGGACGGUUUUUAGCUGUUAUUGGAAAGUCCAAAAUCGUAGUAUUGGGAUUGCGCUCAAAGGCCGAAUCGAAGGCUUCUUCUUCUUUUAGUCGUCCACCUAGUAAUGCUUCUGGAAUUUUUGGUGGUGCUAGCACUUUUAGCUUUGGAGGUCUGCAAGGACAAAUGAUUAACUCGUCAGAAACACCUAUUUAUUAUGCUGGGAUCAUCAACUUGGAUUCCCCAAUAAUUUGCGUCAGAUUCCACCCUUUAGGAAGAUCGGGUCGAUCUUUGGUUGUAUUGAAUGAAACACAUUUGACUUUGUAUGAACUUGAGAAUGGUUAUUUAAACCCCGACUACAUAAUUCCUCUUUCUUUCAGUGAAAAACCAUUUAAUUCUUUUGAUGUUGAUUCGGAAGAACAUAUUCCUGUUUCUUUUACAUUUAAUCAUUCGUCACGUGGUUGGGGUGCUUUUCUUGUGUACAUUUUGACGAAUAGUGGAGAUAUUUACGCCCUUUGUCCUGUCAUGCCAGCAAACACAAUCAUCUCGCGCGCAAUGCUUCAGCAGUUGUCAUCUGAAAUCACUGAAUAUCAUCGGAAUCAUGUUGAAUCAGAAAAUGCUCGACAACAUGUACGUUGGAUUACGAAGCUUAUUGGAGACGCAGCUCUCUCUUCUGAGCUUCAAUUUCCAAGUGGAUGUUCAUUAGAAGAUAGCUAUGAGUUUUCUAAUUUUUCUAAUGUUUAUGCUCUUCAGCGUCCAGAUGACUUUACCUUCUUGCCAGCAUUACAAGGACCUUUUUUAAUUCAGCCACUUGUCAGUGAAGAUUUUUCUGAUGACUGUUGUGAUAUUGUUUCGCUUGGGACGCCAAUUAUAGAUGUGAUAGUGGUUUCAAAUUCCUAUGGUCAAGUUGAUCUUUUCCUGUCUCCUUCAAAAAUAUUUGGUAAAUGGACUUUGCCCUCUCAUAAUAACGAACCCUAUAAACCUCUUGUCCUCUCUCCUGUUCAUACGCUCCAGCUUUCCACCAAAACAAGUUAUACUAUCCUUCACCGCGAUAAUUAUUCGCCUUUUAAUAUCACAGUAUAUCAUGCGAAUGGCGCUCAUGCAGUGAACGUGGAAACUUGGGUUAGAAAUUUACGCUUACUAUAUGAAAACAAAUUAGAAUUGAAGAAUGCUAGAGAGAAAAAAGAAUUGCUGGAUAUCCUUUCAUCCAUUCCUGAUUCUACCGAGGUUGUUGAACGGGUAAACACGAACCCUUUAAACACCUCGCCAGAUCCAGUUGUCGGUUGUUUACAAGUAAAGCACCCUUCCUUGGGAAGCGCUUUUCUUUGCUUGACCAAACAUCGCCAAGUAACUGUAAUAGACGAAUCCGAGUUCCUGGAUGUGCCAACUAUAGGCAAUGUUUUGAAGAAUGAAGACUUGGCAAGCUCGUUUGAUGCCUCCCAAAUUAGCAUGAAGGGUAAUGACAAAUCUCGGAGCGGUAUGUAUCAGUCGCUCCUUCUGCAAUCACCGUUUGCAAAUCCCAUUAUCCAAACUUCACCAGAGCGGCUUAUUGUACCACCUGAACUCGGUGGGAAGCUUUCGGUUUCACCGUAUUCUCUUCGUUUUCUUGGUACUGUUGUAAGCCGUAUGCGUGAACAUUUAGAUUUAAUUUACCAAGGUAACUUGGCAUUGCACUAUCGUCUAACGUUACAAAAGGAAGAAUUUAUACGUCAGCACGAUCAUAUAUCGAAGCUUGAGAAACGAGCAACACUUGCGCUAGAGAAAGAUUGGCUUGCUGAACGAUUCGCUGAGCUUGAAAAGAAUGCUAUGGAAUGCGAAGGACGUGUGGACGUAGUAUUACAACGGUAUAUGAAUAUUCAUUCACCAGACUUAAGUGAUCAAGAGAAAGCGUUUAUGAAGGAAAUAGAGCGUUAUCGUGAGCGUGUAUUAGGUGAAAGGGGUAUUGAAAGAAAGCUGCAAAAUUUGAAACCGCUUCUACAACGUGGAAACAUACCUUCAAAAACAAUGUUUUCUAAAUCAGUUGCGCGCUCACCUUCCUUGGAUGCUCAACCAAUUGCUCUCGAUCAAUUGAAGCAAUUGUUAGCUCAGCAAAACAAGUCAAUUCACAUUAUGAAGGCGAAAGUUGUUUCGCUGCAAAAGAAAAUCUAAAUCUGAUUCAAGUUGAUUUGUGAGGUGCUAUGAAAAUUACAGUUGGCCAUGAUCCUAUUACUAUUACCUUGUCUUCUCUUGUCAUUCAUCAUUGCACUGGCUGGACGUCAUGCAGGAAAUGGAAUUAAAUCGUUGCAAUGAUUAUAAGAGAAAAGGAAAGGAAGGAAAAAAGUGUGUUUGGUCUGAAAGGGUGUUUUAAAUUUUGUUAGAUUUGGUAUUUUUCAAAAAAAGGAAAUAAUAAAGUAUGAAUCCAUGGUG